ACCCUACCUGCCUACCUCAACUCGCCUCCUCCUCUUCUUCUUCCUCUUCUCCAUCCUUUAUCCUUCCAUCCUCCAUCCUCUUUUCCAUUCUUAUUUCAUCCUUCCCCAUCUCACUUUUCAAACUCUUCCAUCUCUAGCUGUCUUUCCUGCCAUCUCCUUUCCUCCCAUCCAUAACAACUCCCUGCGAUCUCCUACCUGGUCGCCUAUCAUGAAAGCCUUCCUAGGCCUUUCCCUUCUUCCGUUGCUGACGGCGGCAACCCCCGUGGUUGUUGGCUCCAUUCACAAUGAUGCUGCUCCCGUCUUGUCUUCCAUCAACGCGAAGGAGGUCCCUGACUCCUACAUCGUCGUGUUCAAGAAGCAUGUUGACUCGAUGUCGGCUUCUGCUCACCAGAGCUGGGUGCAGGACAUCCACGACUCGCAGACCUCUCGCUUGGAGCUGAAGAAGAGGUCGCUCUUCGGUCUCGAUGAUGACCUCUUCUCCGGUUUGAAGAGUACCUUUGAUAUUGCUGGGUCGUUGAUGGGUUACACUGGACACUUCCAUGCCGACGUGAUCGAACAAGUCCGGAGACAUCCUGAUGUCGAUUACAUUGAGAAAGAUUCCGAAGUCCACACCCUGGAUGUCGAAAAUGGUGCCCCCUGGGGUCUGGCUCGUAUCUCCCACCGUGAUAGCCUGAGCUUCGGCUCCUUCAACAAGUACCUGUAUGCCGAGGAAGGCGGUGAGGGUGUUGAUGCCUACACCAUCGACACUGGUAUCAACGUCGACCAUGCCGACUUUGGCGGCCGUGCCACCUGGGGCAAGACCAUCCCCACGGGUGACGAGGACGAGGAUGGAAAUGGACACGGCACCCACUGCUCUGGAACCAUCGCGGGUAAGAAGUAUGGCGUCGCUAAGAAGGCCAACAUCUUCGCCGUCAAGGUUCUGCGCUCCAGUGGCUCGGGUACCAUGUCCGAUGUGGUGCAGGGCGUCGAGUGGGCGGCCAACGCUCACCUGAAGCGGGUUGAGGAGGCGAAGAAGGGCAAGGCCAAGGGUUUCAAGGGCAGCGUUGCCAACAUGAGUCUUGGUGGCGGUAAGUCGCAGGCGCUCGACGCGGCUGUCAAUGCUGCUGUCGACGCUGGCAUGCACUUUGCCGUCGCUGCCGGCAACGACAACGCCGACGCUUGCAACUACUCCCCGGCCUCCGCUGAGAACGCCGUGACGGUCGGUGCCUCCACUCUCCAAGAUGAGCGGGCGUACUUCUCCAACUAUGGCAAGUGCACCGACAUCUUCGCCCCCGGUCUGAACAUCCUGUCCACCUGGAUCGGCAGCAAGCACGCCGUUAACACCAUCUCCGGUACCUCGAUGGCUUCCCCCCACAUUGCCGGUCUGCUGGCCUACUUUGUCUCUCUUCAGCCUUCCAAGGACUCCGCCUUUGCCGUUGCAGAGCUCACCCCGGAGAAGCUGAAGAAGGACAUGAUCUCCAUUGCCACCGAAGGUGCCCUCACGGACAUCCCCGAGGACACCCCCAACCUCCUCGCCUGGAACGGCGGUGGUUCCGACAACUACAGCGACAUCGUUUCGAAGGGUGGCCACAAGGUUUCCUCCAUUCAGGACCGCUUCGAUGGUCUUGUUGAGAAGGCCGAGAAGCUCCUCACCCAGGAGCUCGGCGCCAUCUACAGCGAGAUCCAGGAUGCCGUGGUUGCAUAGAUGUGGAAUUGAUUGUUGGCGAUUGCUUUUUCUUUCGUUUUUCUUCAUUUAUUGCAAGGGAAAGGGAUUCGCAUACCUACUACCUCUCAACGCCGUUCGACUGCGUCUGGGCUUGUAGGGAUGGCGGUGCAUUGACUGCACCGACUCUAUGAUGCGUCACUGUUUUUGCGUUCAUGUUUGGUUUUGGUUUGCUCGCCUCUUUUUUCAUUUUUACCAUAGUAUACAUGCUCAGAACCAAUGUUUGAGACCCGAUCUAGAGCUUGCUAUCGCGCUAUAAACCCAGACUGCCUGCCGACUUGGACAAUACGAGUGAUUUUCUCUUUCGUUUUUCCCCAC